GACAAACUCCUGAAAACGUGCAAUGACGUCUCUUUUGUCCCACGUAUCCUUUAACCAUGUGACCUAUGGCGGCGAUAUCAGUGAUCGAGAUGCCAGCUGACAAUUUUCACCUAGUUUCGGAUUUCCAAGUGAUGCCAUCAUUUACGGACAGCCACAAUCUACAACUCACUUGGCGAUGGAGCUCACCUGCACUGGCCCAAAAGCUAUUAUAUCGGGCAAAAAUCUUAUACUAUGCGGAUGGAGAUUCGGAUAUUUCUGAAAGGACGGGUAUCAGUCAGCCUACGCAUCAAAGUUAUGUACUGAGGGACCUGAGGCCGAAUACACAGUAUCUGGUUUGUCUGCGGGUUAUCAGACAAAGGAUGAGACAUUUGGGUGGCAGUUACGGAGCGCCUGGUCAACCAAAUGACCCUGAUAUGCAACUUGAAACGGAAAGCAUCAAAAAUGCAAGUUUACCAAAAGAUAUGCGGCUAAAAGAGCCCUACGUAGCCGAAAUGCAAUGUGAUCUAGCGUUUACCAGGCGCACAUACUUUCCCGCACUUUUAUCUAGUCUUGUGGGUGUCAUACUGGCACUUGUUCUCACCGUUCUGUUGUUCACUGCUCUCCUACGCAGACGAUCAAGUUACGCACAUAACAAAACUAUGAGAGAUCGGUCCCAUUGUGUCCACGGUUCAACACUUGCUUCAAACGAACAUCCUGUAAGUUUACCUCGAAGUUCUGAGCACAUGAAUUCCGGCGGUCAUAAGCAGCGCGUAGAUAAAAGAUCAGCAAACCAAUCCUGUGUCGCUUGCGUAGCUAGUUCAACUGCAGUAAAAAGGCAACACCAGCGUUUAAAAGGAUCUGGGUCCGACAAGGUUGAAACCGUUCUCCCAUACGGAUCAUUUUCAGUUAACAAUAAGCCCAGUUCGCACAGUGCUCCAGGGGUUUCAAGGGAGGUCGUGGUGAAAUGCAUUCAUCAGCAUCCAGAAACAAAUGAGUCGAAGAGGUCAGUUGAGUCAUCUAAUGGAUGCUGUCCACACGAUCGACGCACAGGUCAUUCCAGACGCGAACACAAAAGAACAGUCUCAUUUUUGGUGUCUGACGGUGCAAGUGAUUCACUGAAGGCCUCCAGUAAAUUACAGGAUAAACAGAUGACUACAAGUGAUUUGAACGUUCCAAGGGAACUAAAUAUCCCACAGAAAAGUUUAGACGCCAAUAGCUUAUCAACAGCUUAUGUUCACCAGUCAGCGCCGGUCCAUACAGUGGCCGAAGUUGCCGAUCUUCAUGAUGAUCCUUCGAAGCUUUCUGAUCUAAAUCCAAAACACACACAAACGCAAACAUGUGAUGCCUACCUUGUUGGGGUUGGGCAGGCUUGUGCGCGAGAUAAACCAGGGUCGCACAGAUCUACUGAUCGUCUGGACUUCGACCCUUCUAAUACUAACAAAGACACCUUACCGAUUACAGUUGAAGAGGCCUCGAUGGUAUCGCUACACGAUCUCCCAUCUCCAAAAAUGAAUCGUAUCGGAGCUGGUCCGGACGAAGAAUGUACAGCAUUAGACCCAGUGGUUCCACUGGAAUAUGGGGCCAUCACAGAUAUGUCAAUUAAAUCAAGUAUAUCAGAUAAUACGGAAGAAGCAACACGAAACCAAACCAAUGAUGAUGUCAAUCGUCAUUUUAAUAAUGACAUAACAGGUCCUAUCUUUUUUGCUCAACUCACGGAGACAUUAUGA